AUGGCUCCAAAUUCUCCAAUUAGUCUGGGCAACCGCCUGGAAACCACAUCGACUGAGACCCGUGAUGCAAAUCAGAAGCCUCCGACAGAAGAAAGAGCAUUAGCCCAAGCCGUCAAACUAUCUCUCGAGGAUCAAGCAAAGAAGCAAGCAAAUUCUCCUGGAGCAAUGAGGCGCUUUCCCCUCUCCCGUCACGAGGCUGCGGUAGAUCUCGUUUUGAGCCUGAAUAAUGAAUUCACCAACUUGGAUGAUCCGGACGGCGAUACCGUCAUCUACAUCGGGCCGCCUCCUCGGAUGCCAGAGCAAACUGAAAAGGAAUAUAGCUACAUCUCCAAUCAUUUUGACCAAGUUCAUAUUGUCAAGAGCACCACUCUGAAGCUCAUGGGCGAUACUUCCAGAUUUAGUGACAAGGACCUCCUAGGCCCUAAAUCUGUCCGUGCCGAGAGAAAACUACGAAAGCUUGGUGUACUCAGCAAAGCAGAAGCGAGGAAGGGUGGGAAAUUCAAAUAUUAUAUAGACCUUCGCCCGCCCAAGGAGGAUGAAGAGGCAGUCAUUCUCAUCACUGAUUUGACCUGUACUAAAGGCGUUCUUGCUUGGCAUCUGGCUAAGGAUAAAUACGAUCUGUCUCCCAUGGCUGUCUCCGGUCACGAUGAAUUCGGAGUUCAAUCUCCAUUGCUGCCAUCGUCUACGAAUGCAACCUCUUCAGAACCAAAGACUAGUGACAAGACGAACUCCGAUACAUCCAAGGAAGCUUCAGCCGACAACAGCCCCAAGCAAGGGAGCCAAGAUCCACCACCAAAAGUCGCGCCUGAGUACUCCCCUCUCCGUCAUACAUCUGCUAUUGAGCGACUUGUACAUGCGAUUCAUGGCAACAAUCCCAAACUCGAUUCCGCACCAAAAGUCUGGACUUAUUUUGCUGUUGCCAGGUAUUUUGGCUGUGCCCAUAAUGAGCGCAUUUCGGGCUGGAUCACGACUUGGAUCUACACCCAGAACAAUGUCAAUUUCAUUCAGAACAACCCGGAGGUAGCCUAUCGGAUUGGAAUGGGUAUUCGAUCGCCUGAUCUCGUCCAGGAUGCAUUUUCCAUUCUCGUAGGGGAGAGAGCGCUUCUUGAAGCUUACGGGGAAUUUAAUGCACAAAUAUUCUCUCCCCUUGUCAAGACGGUCCAUGGGCGCAAGUUGGAGCUUCUUGACGAUGAUGAACGUAAUCGAAUUGAUCACGCUGCAUCGUCAUUUGUCCGACGAAUUCGUGGCUUGGUGGUUUGGCUCUGUAGGGAUAUGGGAUGGCUUCGACAAAGCAAGGAGUACGCAAAGCUCGAUCAGCUGGUCGGAAACACUGCAGAAGAAGUGGAGAUGCUGGAGUCAACAAAGAAGCUCAUCAAAGACUAUGUCCGUUCCAGGAUUUAUUAUGUCCUAUGCCAGGAUCAGUAUUCUUUUGAUGAGAUUGAAGCUUCCCCGGCGUCGACCCUUGCGUUCCGAUCGGCCACCGACGAAAACUAUGUCACCGUAUACAACGGGCUGAAUCAACCCAUGAGAGUGUUCACCAAGUCGUUUUGGCUUGCCUUGCAGCGCACGCAGUUUGACACGGGUCUUACUAACACUGGGAAUGAGGGUACGACCGGGCGCUCCAACGAAACUCGUUACGUCCAGGGUCUUCGAAGCCUAUACGCCGACGAUCCACUCAAUGGGAUCAUCUCUAUCAGUCGAGUUACCUUCGACCACCAAGUGAACAAUGUCAAUCGGCUUUUGCAUUUGCGAGAGACUAUGAACAGAGAGGCCAAGGGUAAGGGUAAAGUUCUUUCUUACCUCAGCCAUGAGCCUGAAAAUAUACUAGAUGGUCCAGAAAAUAUUCCUCUUGGUUCACUUGCCAUCGGAAGUCCAAGAUCUGGAUCUGACAGAAAUGAACCAUCAUUCCCUGAUGGAUCUCGGGCAAAGUAUCGCAAGAUCCUUGAGUCGGAUGACAUUAGUCAUGCCGUCUCGUCUUCAGUUGACGCAGACAUCUCGGCUCCGGGGCGAAACAACUCUGCUACCAAACCGAGCACCCAUGGGCUUGCCCCUGUGGACAAGUUCUCACAUACACGAGCUUGUGACCUCCCCGUUCUUCCCUUGAGACCAAAGCAGUCUGAAAGCUUCAACCGUGAGAAGGACUAUUUGGAUAAUCAAUUCUCUCACUCCAAGGCCGAAGAACAAGAGGUUCUCCUUCCGCCUAGGAAAACUUUGUGGGCCAUGGCAGGCAGAGAAACUAUCAUUGAACAGUCUCUCCGUAUUCCAAAGGAUGGAAAGAGUGAACCUUCGAGCUACUCACAUCAACCCUCCUUCUCAAAUAAAUACUCUAAUCAGUGGUGGAGUAAUUGGGACGAAUGGGACUCUCCGGUUGCAUCUGAACAAAGGAAUAAGUCAACUACUCUCAGCCCCAAGCCUCUCAAUUUUAAUAAGCCAACCAACAAGAGCCCCAACGCAGUGCUCACGGGCUCCGACUUUGUCGAACAUGGCUGGGAGAAAAUCCAUUCAGCGACCAUGCUCUAUGAAAUUGGAAAGCAGAUAUCAAAUAUCUGCUCCGGUAUUUUAUACCCUCCGCAUUUGUUUCACCAAACAGGUUUGCUGCCCACAGACCUAUUCGACAACCUCCUGUGCCUUGAUGCGAACGAGUUCCAAUACCUUCCACUCUGGGUACCCAACGGCAAUGAUGACGGCAGUGGAGGAGUGUUUGAUGAAUGCCCUGUUCCGAACCUCGACCCUACAAGUUCCAAAUAUGAGCCUUUUCCCGCCGGCCAGAUCAGAGUUGGCUAUGACAAGGCAGACUCAGAUUUCGACGGCUCCAUUGAAGACGUCGCUAGCCAGGCUAUCAGUACCGUUGGCAAAGCAAGUAAGCUCGCAACAGAUGGCACUGAGACAAUCAAGAGUUUGUCGAGCAUCAGCGUCGGUGAGUUCGCUGCGACGGAAACUGCACUUGUGAAUGAUUCGAGGAGUGUGGCGUCCGUCGUGGUGGCAAGUGUUAUAAGCGAUGAGGAGAUGGUUUUGGAUGCCGACGCCGAUUUGGAUCACGCCAACGGCCUCGAUGAUGACGACGAUGACACCGACACACUUAGCGACGAUGUAAACGGGGAGAUGUCGGCAAGUCUCCAAGCUUUCCUUCAUUCUUCUGAGGAUACCGAAAGUUAUGCAGAAUACCUUGCUGCCAAUGCCAGUACCAGUUCGCUUGAGAGUGGUCUGGCCCUUCGCUCCAGUGACAACAGCAUGGGAAAGGGAAAAGGCAAGGAAAUCCGUGACGGACCCCAAGGGACAAAGACCCCAGUCAAGGAUGAUGAUGAUGAUGAUGAUUUCGAAUUUAUAUGA